GAUCUAGUGAGCAGCAGCAGCAGCAGCAGCGCCAAGUAUUGGUAGCUCCUCACUACUUAGAGCAAAUUGCUUUGGCCGAAUACAACGAGAGAAAGCAUAUAAUAAAUAUUUCGCAAGCGGAAAACGGUAAAUUUUCAUAUAAAAGUAUCUCUUUUACAACCAUGUAUAGGAAAAAACAAAGAUCGCGUUUAAAUUCCUAUUCCUCAUUGCGAGACUUCUGCUAUUCAGCAGCAGACACAAUGAGAGAUUUUAGAGAAUGUAUGGAGGGGAGCAUACCGGACAUAGAACAGUGUUCACAUGGUGGAACCAUGCCGAGAGCACAAUCGUGUCACAAUUCGGAAUGUGAUGGAAAACUUUCACGAACGGAAUUAUUAAUAAAGGAUUAUUUAGAGUUCAAAGCCGCCCGUUGCAUACAGCGUUUCGUACGCGGUUGGUUAGUACGAAUCUUUAUAGCCAAACAAAUACGUGCGGCCAUUAUUAUUCAAACUGAAUGGCGUCGCUUUUAUUGUCAACGUUUGUACUUUCGUAAACUGGAAAAGCUUAUACAGCAACAUAUCGAAGAACAUUAUUUCCGUGCAGCUCAAAAAAUUCAGGCAAUAUAUCGCGGAUGGUGGUCGCGUCAAAAUGUUCACGAUCACGCUCGUUUAACGCGUUUGUCCACUUGGGCCGGGGAGGAUUUAUUACACUGUGUAGCCUUCAAGCUGCAUCAUUUGAUACGUACUUAUGCCAUACCUGGCGUCUACUCGCUAAAGAACAAAACAACUCUUUCUAAAGUCGAACAACUUUUAGCCAGCUUAAGUUAUAAGCAGUGCAACGAUCACUCUCAAGAAGGGAAUCGGCAACGAAUUCAUCAGAUAUCUAGUGCCAAAAAACAUUUUGAAGGUUCGAAAUUCGCUACACAAAUACCAUACGCAGGCCUUGAUAUGUACAAUCUAUGUGCGCAAAAGUAUCAAACAUUAUUUUCUGAAAAGGACGCAGAUCGAAAAAUGGCGAAAAUAUUGCAAAUGUAUGCAUUGGCGCAUCGUGAAGAUCCUAGAGUGAUUAAAAUCCGUCAUGGAAAAUCGACUGGCGCCUCUCUUGUCUGCUUACCACCUCCUACUACGUUUUGCGGCGACAUCAUACGCAGCAUGAAGAGGUGGAAAAUAAUCAAAGAAAGCAAUCUAACCGUUGACAAAAAUAUCCUUGAGCGUCCCCAGAAUGUUGAAAAUUUUCUAAAAGAAAUCCACUGGAAGUGGAACAAGUUACAAGGCAAUUGCCAUUGCGAACAAGCAUUCAUCAAAGAACUUGAAAAAGGCAACAAAUUUACCGGCAGUUGUCCGCCAGUCUUGAAUUAA